ACCACAUUGACAACUUUUAGUUUCUUUCCCCGUCCCCCUGCUGCUCGGUGGGCUCUGUUUGCCAUCCGUGCCCGGGGGGGUAGCAGCAGUUCCGUGGUUAAAAAUAAUAAUAAAGAAGAAAAAAGGAGGCAGCUUGUUUUUGUUUACUUCGGGGAUCCGCAUGGAUGUGGCAGCGGCAGAGGGGGCGUCUCAGCCGGGUAUCCGACUCCGGAAUCGGGCGACGCAAGUGAUGCCGAACCAGAAGAAGGUCCACGCGAGGCGGAAGAGACGAAAGGAGUUGGUUUUAAUCCAGAUUUGUCUGUUCGGCGGCUUGCUUGUGGUCGUGAAGGGGUUUUCCUACUUGGCGGAACAUUCAGGUUUCCGUGUCUCCAGCCACAGCGGCGAGGACCAGGAGAGAUGGGGAGGGAGGAGGCUACUGCAGGAAACGGACAACAGCAGCCUAGAGGACAUGGAGAAGGAAGACUCUAAGAACUGUACUGCUCCAGCUCUGCACGAGUUCCCUACAGACCUGUUCACCAACAAAGAGAGAACAGAAGGAGCCGUGGCCCUGCACGUCCUGUGUACCGUUUACAUCUUCUGUGCUCUGGCCCUUGUCUGUGAUGACUACUUCGUCCCAUCGAUGGAGAAGCUGUGUGAGCGUCUCCAACUCAGCGAGGACGUAGCAGGUGCUACCUUUAUGGCCGCUGGCAGCUCGGCUCCGGAGCUCUUCAUAUCCAUUAUAGGGGUUUUCAUAACCAAAGGUGACAUAGGUGUUGGGACCAUCGUGGGUUCAGCCGUCUUCAACAUCCUCUGCAUCAUCGGUGUGUGCGGCUUCUUCGCCGGCCAGGCAGUGAAGCUCUCUCAUUGGGCUCUACUCCGAGAUUCUAUUUUUUACACCUUUUCUAUCAUGGCACUGAUUGCGUUCAUCUACGAUGAGAAGGUGUGCUGGUGGGAGUCUCUCGUCCUGAUUCUCAUGUAUGUCGUCUACAUCGUCAUCAUGAAGUUCAACAACAGGGCCCACCGCUACUUUGACCGCCUCAAGAGGAGCUCUGUGAACCUGUCCAACGGGCUGACGGGGAGCACGGAUCUAGAGGACAAUGUCACGUGUGACGCCACGGCCGUCCUGCUCAAGAAAGUCAACUUCCACUCUAAGCCGUCUGUGCUGAUGGUGGACGAGCUGCUGUGUGCGUACCCCCACCAGAUGUCCUUCUGCGAGGCCGGCAUGAGGAUCAUGAUCACCAGUCACUUCUCCCCCAGGACGCGCCUCGCCAUGGCCUCUCGCAUGCUGAUCAACGAGAGACAAAGGCUGAUCAACACCACCGAGACCCGAGUCAACCGCGUCACCAACGGCGACCCCGACUCCACCGCCAGGGCUCAAGGGAGGCGGGGCUUAGUGAACGGGAUGGGCGGAGUUGAGCCGGGUCUGAACGGGAGGUGUGGACUCCAGCGGCUGGAGUCCGGCAACGAGACCGAGAAGGAAAACGAGGAUAACGAGAACAACGAGAACGACGAGGACGGAGAGGGAGAGGAUGGCGAUCACGGCCCCCUGGUGCCUUUCAAAGUUCCAGCCGGGGCCUGCAACAAGCUGAAGUGGCUCACCAUGUGGCCACUGUCCCUGCUUCUGUUCCUCACCGUGCCCAACUGUGCCAAGCGGCGCUGGGAGAGGUGGUUCAUGGUCUCCUUCUUUACCGCCACCCUCUGGAUCGCUGGCCUCUCCUACAUCAUGGUCUGGAUGGUGACUGUGAUCGGCUUCACCCUGGGCAUUCCAGACGUCAUCAUGGGCAUCACCUUCCUGGCAGCAGGCACCAGCGUCCCAGACUGCAUGGCUAGUGUUAUAGUCGCACGGCAAGGUCUGGGGGACAUGGCCAUCUCCAACUCCAUUGGCAGUAAUGUGUUUGACAUCCUGGUGGGCCUGGGCCUGCCCUGGACGCUGCAAACGCUCUGCAUCGACUACGGCUCUGAAAUCCAUCUCAACAGCAAGGGGCUCAUAUUCUCAGUUGGACUCCUGCUUGCCUCCGUAUUCGUCACAGUUCUCGGCGUCCACCUGAACAAAUGGACUCUGGACUGGCGACUGGGCCUGGCCUGCCUCAUCCUGUACGCCAUCUUCCUCUGCUUCUCCAUCCUCAUCGAGUUCAACGUCUUCAUCUUCGUCAACCUCCCCAUGUGCCGAGACAUCCACUGACCUCCCCCCUCCUGCCUCUGGUCGAUAGAGGAAACCUCACCUGGCUUCCAGUUUCUCUGCGCCUUGAAAACAAGUCCGACCUUUUUCUUUUCUUUUCUUUUAAUAGAAAGAUAGAGCUCUUUCGGUGCAAUAACACCAUAAGUUGUAGUUAGUUUGUUGGGACCAGAACGCAGAGAUGGCCUCCGAUCGUCUCAUGAACCCAAAGGUCGUGUUGGGCUCCUGCUGCUGAAGACGCUGCUGCUGGCUGGAGGAACCAGAGAGAUCCUGCACUAACGGACCUUUUUAGCUGGAUUCUUUGUUACUCUUUGUAAAAGUUUGAAUAUAAGCACACCACUUAGGUAUUUCGAAUUCAAACCUGGCAUUCUCUGUGUAAAUAUACAUAUGUAUGUAAAUAUAUAUAAUAUUAGCUGGUACAUGGGAUUCUCUUCUGCACCACUGCAUCAGGGCUUGCCGAGCCGUCGUGAUCUGGUCCAGAUGUGUCCGUGCUCAGCACCAGCUACACAGCAUGCUGUAGUCCAGAUGUGUUAACACACUGUUCACAUACAACACACGUCUGCUUCCUUCUUCUCAAGUAUAAUAAUAUUGAAUAAAUGACACAUAGCUAAAGCGUCUGCUCUGAGGGAACUGACAUCCAUCACUGUCACUUUAGAAGUAUUAUUCCAUCGUUGCAAAGCGUCUGCAGCUACUCUCAACAUAGAACUACUGAAUUUACAGUCCCCUCUAGACGGUAGACGUCAUGUUCAUACUAAAGAAUCAUUUUUGAGUGUAAUACUUGUAACUGCUUUAAGCCAAAAGUAUUUUUAAAAUAGGAGUAAGAAAUGUUAGAUUUGGACUUAAGAGUUAGCGUGAGUGCCCUGUGCGCACGUGUGUGUGUGUGUGUGUGCACAUGCAGCCAUGUCACAGUCUCGAGGGGGAGCCAAGGCAUUACUGUUACUGGGAAGACAUGAUCAUGAUUUAUUUAUGAAUUAAUUUAUUCAAAGAUCAUGUCUAACCACCAGUUUCAGCCCUUUGCACAGGCUUUACUGUAUAGUUAGGUAAGGUAUUUACUGGAGCGUACCUAACAUGUAAUAGUACUGGGAACUGACUUGAUGUUGUUUAUAUCUAAUAAUAGUACUUUAUAAUGUAUACGAUUUGUAUAGUUUGGAAAGAUAUUGCAACAUUUGUAUAUUGUACAAACACAUGGGGGGGGGGGGGGGGGGGAUUCGGUGAGACACGCCACGUUUAUCACAUGAGUGGAAGACAAUCCAGUGGUGUGAUGAAGAGUCACUUAACAUGGUUUCUUAAACACAGGGGGCAUAAACACAGGGAUUGCUUAACACUGCUUAAACUCUCUGCCAACACAUCCUGCUUGUCUUUGAGCCCCAAACAAACAAACACCUGUGUCAACAGUAUUCAGCAUGAGUUCUGACAAAAUGUGGGAGCUAUGUAUUUCAAUGUUUUACCUUCAACGAUUCUCGUUGAGAAUUCUCAUAUUAAAUAAAGUUGCCGCUUAGUAAAACAACAAAAAAAGAAAGGGAAAAGAAAGCCUCCUCUGUAGGAGUUGCUGCUCUUCCUGCAGCCACCAGAGGGCGCUGAUGAGCGCUGUGGGUCAUUUACACAGCCGGUACGAGGCGGUGAGGGAGUAUUUACACUGCAGGGGUGCUCAAUACGUCGAUCGCGAUCGACCGGUCGAUCGCGGCGACCUGCCAGUCGAUCGCGGCGUUGUAUGGUAGUUCGCAUGAUAUUAAAAAAAAUUGGCCCGCCCCCCUGUCACUUUCUCUAUGGCGCCACAUUACAGCAGCAGCAUGUCAUUUAUGUCUCUACGUGUCGCGUUAACAGUCCUCUGCCCGCCGUCUCGUGCACCGCGGAGCUCCGACACCGGUUUGCGCGCAUCGGGACGGAGCAAAAUAAAAGUCUAGCACCCCCCGUCAACAAUCCUUCAAGGCUCGCGCGCGACUCUCACUAGCACCCCCCCCCGUCGGU